AUGGAGGCAGUGAAGAGGUGGAGGUCGGACUGGAGGUAUCCCACCACUCUGCUGUGCAUCUAUGGGUUCUUCAGCACAGUGAAACCGAUGGAACCUUUCCUCAUCUUAUACAUGACAGGGCCCGACAAGAACCUGACAACAGAGGAGGUGAAUAAUCAGAUUUUACCGGUGUGGACGUACUCCUACCUGGCCGUGCUGGUGCCGGUGUUCCUGCUGACCGACUGGUUGCGGUACAAGCCUGUGGUGGUGUUCCAGUGUGUGAUGCUCUUCGUCACCACAGCUCUGCUGCUGUGGACUCGAAGUGUUCCCGCCUUUCAGGCCAUGCAGUUCUCAUACAGUUUGGUGACAGCCUGUGACGUGGCCUACUUCGCCUACAUCUACAGUGUGGUGGAUCAGAAGAGAUACCUGAAAGCCACCUCUUACUGCCGCAGCGUGCAGCUGCUGGGCUACACAGUGGGCUCUGUCCUGGGUCAGCUGCUCGUCAGCUUCCACCUAAUGUCCAACGACAACAUCAUGGUGUUGACCCUGGUGCUCACCUCCAUCGCUCUCCUUGUGUCCUGCCUCCUGCCUAUGCCACGGCAGAGCAUGUUCUUUCACCGCGUACAGAACACAAAGAGCAAUGGAGAUGGAACAACAGAUGCAAGUACAUCAAUGAAAUCCCUGGAGGAAAUCAAUGAGGAAAAGAUGGACACGAGCAUAGAAUCGGUGGAAGAUACCACCAGGGCUAAGGAAGAAGGGCCUCAAGAUGAGGACUUGAAGGAGUCAGUAGGUUCACAGAGCUGCGGCAAAGUUCUCCUCCAGCUGUGGAGGGAUUUCAAGCAAUGCUACUCCUCCAGACAGCUGCUCUACUGGUCUGUGUGGUGGGCGAUGGCCACCUGUGGCUAUAACCUGACUACCAACUAUGUACAGGUGCUGUGGGAUCAUGUGCAGCCUUCUCAGAACUUCAGCAUCUACAAUGGAGGAGUGGAGGCCGUGUCCAGCCUGCUGAGUGCAUCAGCAGCCUACGGUGUUAGCUUCACUGAGGUGCGAUGGGAGAAGUGGGGAGAGCUCACACUGGGUGGAUUCUCUGGACUCGGGGCAGCUGCACUUUUUCUCAUGACCUUCAUCGGCAACAUAUGGGUCUGCUACGUGGGCUACAUCAUUUUCAAGUGCAUGUACAUGCUGCUGAUAACAAUAGCCAUGUACCAGAUAGCAGCGGACCUGACGAUGGAGAGAUAUGCGCUGGUGUUUGGGAUGAACAACUUUGGAUCACUGGUUCUGCAGACCAUCAUCACUGCUGUGGUGGUCGACAGUGGAGGCUUGGGCCUGGCCAUCAUCCCACAGUUCACCAUCUACGCCAGCUACUUCUCCCUCAUCGCUGUUGUUUUUUCACUUCGUGGACUGUUUACCGUUUGGAGAGCAAAGAAAAACCAAACUGAGACGACGCCUCCAAACGAAAACGAACCUCCAGACUCUAUCGAACACAGGCUCUGA